UUACUACCAUUCCAUUCCUAUAAAAUCCUCUCUCUCUCUUCUCUCUCUCUCUCUCUCUCUCUCUCUCUCUUUUGUUUCUGUUUUUUGCAUCCCACCUCACAUACUGCAACAAAAAGAACAGUGGAAGCCAAAAGAAGCAAGAGUUAGUUGUUAUUCUACUACAGACAUAAUUACUAACAGCAAUAGUGGCAAGAGAAGUUGUAUAAGAGAAGACAAACAGAGCUCUCAACAGUUAUUCUGGAAGAAAAGAAAAGCGAAGCACACAGGAGAAGCAAAUAAACCAUAGAGGAUCAGAGAUGGUGACGAAGCUGUGGUGUUUUCCAUGGAGAUGGUUGCUUCCAUUUUCCACAGCCGCAGUGUUAAUAGCAAUCGUGCUCAUAGCAGCCUCAUUUAAGCUUCUCCUCAUCUUAUGGUGGAAGCCGAAGAGGAUAGAGCAGCACUUCGCCAAGCAGGGCAUAAGAGGCCCACCUUACCGUUUCUUCGUUGGAAAUCUGAGGGAAAUUGUUGGUUUGAUGCUCGAAGCUUCGUCGACGCCAAUGUCACCUCAGAGCUCACACAACAUUCUUCCUAGAGUCCUCUCCUUCUACCAUCACUGGAAAAAGAUCUAUGGCUCCACCUUUCUACUCUGGUUCGGUCCCACUGCUCGACUGGCCGUCGCCAACCCUGAUCUCAUCCGCGAGAUUUUCGUCUCUCGAGCCGAGUUCUUCGACAGAUACGAGUCGCACCCGUUAGUACGGAAGCUUGAAGGCGAUGGACUCGUCAGCCUCAGGGGUGAGAAGUGGGCGCACCAUCGCAAGGUUCUCACACCCACAUUCCACAUGGAUAAUCUCAAAUUGUUGAUUCCGAUGAUCGGGAAGACGGUGAUUGAUAUGGUGGAUAAAUGGGCGGCGACGUCAUCGGCGACGGUCCGGGGUGAAGUGGAGAUUGAUGUAGCGGAUUGGUUUCAGGGGGUGACGGAGGACGCUAUUACUCGCACGGCGUUUGGCCGGAGCUACGACGACGGCAAGGCGGUAUUUCGUCUUCAAGCUCAGCAAAUGAUCUUCGCCGCGGAGGCCUUUCGCAUGAUCCUUGUUCCCGGCUACAGAUUUCUGCCGACGAAGAAGAACACGAGCUCGUGGAAGCUGGACAUAGAGAUUCGUCGGAAUCUAGAGCGCUUGAUCGGAGUGCGUCGGAAGGAGUCCGCCUUCUCCAUCGAGGAGAAGCAAAAGGACCUUCUUGGACUCAUGAUUAACGCAGGCGGCGGCUCCCGGCGUUCCGGAAACCCUGCCACCGUAGCUCCCAUCUCAGUGAGGGAUAUCGUAGAAGAGUGCAAAACUUUCUUCUUCGCGGGUAAGCAGACCACAACUAACUUGCUGACCUGGACGACGGUGCUUCUCGGCAUGCAUCCGGAAUGGCAGGAGCUUGCCCGCCAUGAGGUCCUCCAGGUGUGCGGCUCACGUGACAUCCCCUCCCGCGAACAGCUGUCCAAACUCAAAACGCUUGGUAUGAUCUUGAACGAGACAAUGAGGCUUUAUCCGCCCGCAGUGGCAACAAUCCGUCGAGCAAAAGCCGACGUGGAGAUCGGCGGAUUAAACAUCCCACAAGGAACAGAGCUGUUGAUCCCAAUCAUGGCGGUGCACCACGACAGGGGUUUGUGGGGCUCAGAUGCGGCCCAAUUCAACCCGGGCCGGUUCGCAGACGGGGUGGGUCGGGCGGCCCGACACCCAACAGCCUUUAUUCCAUUCGGGAUGGGGUCCCGAAUGUGUAUUGGGCAGAACUUAGCUCUGCUUGAAGCCAGGCUUACACUGGCUCUCAUUCUGCAACGCUUCAGCUUCCGCCCAUCUCCUGCUUACGUCCACGCCCCCACAGUGCUUAUGCUGCUCUACCCACAGUACGGUGCGCCCAUACUCUUCCGUCCCCUCAGGCUGUCUUCCUCCACCGACGGCCUCGGCAUUUCCGGCCAUCAUGGGACCCAGCAAAGCUCAAUCGCUUAAACUGGCAUUCUAUAUAUAUAUAUAGUGUGACAGCUAGCUAGCUAAUUACUCUGUUGCUACUAGCUAGCUAGCCAACGAUCAUGUCUGUCGUCUGUUACACAGUUUUCUGCUAACCCCAAACAAACAACACACUAGAACCAACAUGUUAACUGUUGUCACUCUUUGUACGUUGGAUUUAAGUUAGUUAAAUUAUUAUCUCUCAUCAAUGAUCA